AUGAUCGACGUCGACGAUGAACCCAGUGAUUUCGUGGAGGAAGAGGACCGAAAGACCAACACCGCUGCUUUCUCAACCCUCAGCAAAGAGGACAUCGACCGGCGCCAGGAGGAUCUGAUCGCCGACGUUUCCACCUUCCUCUCCGUCCCGAGAUCCGUCGCAAUCGCGCUCCUCUACAAGUUCAAGUGGGACUCCGACUUGGCCCAGGAAAACUGGUUCUCCGACGAGGAGGAGAUGCGCCGCCGCUACGGCCUGACUGCCGCUCCGGCUCCGGCUCCGGCGGCGGUGAACAGAAACAGCCACGAAUGCAAGAUUUGUUUCGAGACGUUCGGGAUCGAAAACCUCGCCUCGCUCUCCUGCGGCCAUUACUUCUGCAGGACCUGCUGGUCGAGGUACAUCGAGCUGAGCAUCGACGACGGCGCUGGGUGCCUGACCCUCCGCUGCCCGGAGCCCAAUUGCCCCGUCCUGGUCUGCCAAUCGACGGUCGGAACCCUAAUUAGCGACCGCCGGUACGCGGAGAAGUACGCCAGGCUCCUCCGCCGGUCCUACAUCGAGGGGAAAUCGGGCCACAAGUGGUGCCCUGCCCCCGACUGCGAGACCGCGGUCAAAUUCGAGGUCGGGGAGAAGUCCAAUUACGACGUCGUCUGCGACUGCUCGCACGAGUUCUGCUGGAACUGCUCGGAGGACGCGCACCGGCCGCUCGACUGCGCGACGGUGCUGCGGUGGAUCCGGAAGAACAAGUCCGAUUCGGAGAACGUGAAUUGGGUUUUGGCGAACACCAAGGCCUGCCCCAAAUGCCGGCACCCGAUCGAGAAGAACCAGGGCUGCAACCACAUGGUCUGCAAGUGCCGGCACCAGUUCUGCUGGAUGUGCCUCGGCGACUGGAAGAAGCACGGCGAAGGAUCGGGAGGGUACUACAAAUGCAAUUCGUACGAGGCGAAGAAGGCCGAGGGGAAAUUGAGCGAGGAGGAGGAGAAAAGGCAGCACGCGAAGCGGCUGGUGGAUCGGUACGCGCACUACUUCGAGCGGUGGGCGGGGAAUCGGACGGCGAGGAAGCGGGCGGCGGCGGAUCUGGAGAAAUUGAGGGCGGAGCAUUUCCCGCAGCUGGUGUACGACUACCGGCUGACGUACACCGAAUUGGACUGCGUGGUGAGGGCGUGGAUGCAGAUCAAGGAGUGCCGGCGGGUGCUGGAGUGGACUUAUGCGUACGGUUAUUACCUGGGGGCGGAGGAGGAGGAGGAGGAGGAGGAGGGCGGCGGCGGAGGAGGAGGGGGGAGGAAGAAGGCGAAGAAGGAUUUGUUUGAGUUUUUGCAGGCGGAGGCGGAGACGAUUUUGGAGAAGCUGCAUAAUUGCGCGGAGAAGGACAUUUCGCCGUUUAUUAAUGCCGCCGCCGGCGGCGGUGGAGGGGAAGAACGAGUGGUGGAGGAAUCGGAGCGGAAGGAGUUUUUCGAGUACAGGUUGAAACUGCAGGGGCUGACGAAUACGACGGGGAAUUCGUUCGAGCGGCUGGUGAGUGGAUUGGAGAACGGGUUGGAGGAUUGA